AUGAUACGUGUAUGGAGGUUGUCGGGGGAACAGGUGGCCCAAGUGGACAUGCAGGAAUUCCCCGCCGUGAGAACUGGGGAAGGUUUGAAGCGCCACUUGCGUUUGCUUUAUGGCUUCCCGAUGUGCCAGCAACAGCUUUUCAAGGACAGCUGCAGGUUGAGUGGUUCUAUGGCGUUGACUGGUCCCUGCGACGUGCAGCUGUCGCUGUGGCCUUGGAACCAGCAAGAGGUUGCAGACGAGCUCACGUGGGAAUUUUCCAAAGGCAACAUUGAGAACGUGCGUUCGCUGUUGGCAGCUCGCGCUCACAUGGACCUGACUGCUGCCUGCAGGACUGCUGUUGUGAACGAUUCCGACGACAGCUACAUUGAGCUCAUGCGGCUGCUCAUUGAAGCCCGCUCUGGUGAUGAUGUUUCCGAGUCUCACGACUACAACACAGCUCUCAUGCUUGCAUCCGAAAGCGGCAAAGCUCCGCUUGUUCAGUUGCUUGUGGGCGCUCGUGCAAACAUAAACUUAACUGCAAAGUGGCCCUGCAAAACCGCUCUUAUGCUGGCAUCGGAGCUUAACCACGUGGAGGUGGUGCAGAUACUCGUGGAAGCCCGUGCUGACAUGGAUGCCGCUGCCAAACACAAAACAGCCCUCGUGAUAGCUUCCGAGUUUGGCCACGUGGAGGUUUUGCAAUUGCUUGUGGAAGCCCGUGCUAACGUGGAUGCGAUUACGGGGUUCAAGACCGCUCUCAUGAGUGCAUCUGAGCUUGGUCACAUCGAGGCUGUGCGGUUGCUUGUUGAAGCACGUGCUGACAUGAAAUCGCAGCAUUGCGGCAAGACGGCUCUCAUGUACGCGCGUGAAAGCGCUCACACGGAGAUUGGGCAGUUGCUGGUUGAAUCCGGUGCCAAAGUGUAG